CGCAUAACCUUGAGACGUUGGCAUACUUGGCAGUUCUUCUGGCGUUUGGCAGCUGGGAAAAAAUAAUUGGUCUGAUUUAUUUAAAUAUCAAUCGGAAAUAUCUGAAUGAUGCACAUCGUGUGAAUUACUUGUUAAUUAAACAAAAUCUGCAACAAGUACGUGACGACAUUUAAUUUAUAAAAAUGGCAUCUCGGGGUGGUGUUAUGGUUACGGGAACAAACGGGGCUGAUUAUGAACAUCGGGAAAAAGUGGCUAUUCAGUAUCAACUAAGUCCACUGAACAAAUCGAGGUUGAAAUACUGUGUGUUCUUCCACCAUGUCCUGUUCCUGACGAUGAUGGCCAAGCUGUCUGCCGACAUACUCGACAAACUCGACAUAUUCAUAUUGGAGAUUGAGGAGUUGCAGAUACCACCACCACUCUGGUGGGAGUACAUCUGGUGUCUCUCCCUACUACUGUCCUUUAUAGGCCUGUCAGCGAUCAAACGGAACAACAUCAAGCAGUUAAGACGUUACAUGUAUGGUAUAGUGGGGCUCGGUUUCUUACCGUUGCUCUACUGUGUGCUGUACUACUGCGGUGACGUGUGGAGGUACCUCACGAGGGAUGAGGAUGAGGAAGACAGCUCAGAGGUUGAGAUUGAGCUGUGGCAGGGAUAUCCGUACGGUCUGCUGUGGUACGCGUUCGUCCUGCUAGCGUCACAAGUACAUUUCUUCCAGUUAUAUUUCUCAUACAAUCUACUUAAGGCAUGGCGGGCCAGAGGAUCAUUAAGGAAAACCGACUAAACUGAUAUUACAAUAACGUUCAUUUUACGUCGACGCAGUGUCACUGCCAAGUGCAAAUGAGGCGAGUGUGCAGUGUAUAAAAAAUAAUGAGGAGUUGAAUUUAUAUUUAAAUGUCUUUUUAUUUAUGUUUAUUUGUGGUUUCGCCCGUUAUUUAUUUAGAAAUUAAUGAAUAUGUACGCCAUAUAAUACUUUAUAAAUAUCUAUGUCUUCGAAGUAAUAACUAUGUUGUCCUUUUCUACGUAAUUUAAAAUAAUGUAAGAGUGAAAAAGACGAACAUUAUUCAAGUUGUAGGUAAGGAAGUUUGUACAGUAAAUUUGGGAGUAAUUUGUCGUGUCUCUAUUUGUCUGAAAAAUGAUUAAUGAAUUUAAAAUGUUCAUGUAACUAUUCUAGAUAUUUUGACGUUGAUGUGAGUAUUUAAAAUGGACAUGGAAAUGUGCAAAACGACUCAACGAAGUUCAAAUUAUGUACCCAAUAAUUGUACAUAUUUAGUCAUUACACCCAAAUUUAAUAUAAUAAGAAAUUUGAAUGGAAUAAUGGCAACCCUUUUACUUUGACAAAUGUUACCAUUUUUAAAACCAAAAUGGAGUGAGCCUAAGGCCUACAUUUAAUGUAAAAAAAAAACUUAUGUAAAAACAUUAUCAAAGUAAAUUAAUUUGUAGACAACCUAGAUUAUUCAAUGUCUAUUUUAGAUACAUGUUAUAGAUUCGGUAGUUGGAAGCACAAAUGACAUUUUUAUAUAAAUAUAUACGUUUGAAAUAUAUUUUUUCACUUAUUGUAUAUACUUAAUUAUUGGAAUGCAAUUCGUACCAGUUGGAAAUUAAUACAGUUAUUUACGCCUUGUUUUAAACUUAAAUGACAUGUAAACAAGUAAGCGUGAAAUGGAACGUAUUUUUAAAAUUAACGGAUAUAAUGUUUGGGCGGGAAUUUGUGAAUAAUAUUGUUACUUGAUAAAAAACUUAAAAGGGCGAUGCUAAUACGACUGAGUAGUUGAAUUUAACAUAGAUUUAUGUCGUUAUGGGUCGAGGCAUGGUACUUGACAGCUAGAAGAAACUAGAGGGUAUUGUUGCACAAUUGUGCAUGUAUUCAAGAAUUAUCCAUUCAUAAACGGACACACCGCACAGUUCGAAGUCAUAUUAAUUAGAUGAAUACUACCACAAAAACCCCAUCGAGAUAAAUUAUAUAUUGAGUAGGUAACUAAAGGGUCAUUUUGGCAUUGCGUUAAUAAAUAAAACCAUAUACUCGUGUGUACCAGCUGACAUUGUGUCAAAAAUCAAUCACGAAUAACGAAUAUUUUCGUAAAAAUUCCUGAUUAUAGUUUUUUAAUUUUUUGAUCACUGUAGUUUAGUGCGAAUGUGAUGCGUUCUUGAGUAUAUCUGAUUCGAACGUGUGAUCUGUCGCCCCGGCGAAUUUUCUUAGUAGGCCGUAUAAAAUGAACGAAACUUUUUAUUGAUAUUUAUUUUGUUCUAAACCUACACCUUUUUAUUUUACAUAAUAUACGGUUAGAGAAACUUAUUAUACUGCUCUUUUUGAUAAAAUCAAGUAGGUACAUAUGUGGUUUCAUUUAAUAACGCCGUGUCAUAAUGAUACUGUAUUACUGACAUUACAAAGCGUAACUACUAACUCGAUAAGACCCUUAUUAUUCAUCGCAGUGUAUACAGCACUUAGGGUUGCCAACCGGACUAUAAUAUAUAGUAUUAUACUAUAUUUUGGGUCUGCGUACUAUAUACUGUUGAAAAAAUAUAUAGUACGCAAAAAUAUUAUAUUUCAAACACAUCAAUCUAAUAACUUCAUUUUAAAAAUAUAUGAUUACUCGUUUACGUUGACUUUUGAGUGAUGGGAAAGCGUGUAUCCGAACUUUUAUAAAAAUAAAUCAGUGACAUAUAUAUACAUAUUUCUAAAUUUGCCUUUUUCAUAAAAUACUAUAAUUUUUUGAAGCGUUAUAUAUUUUUUUAACAUCUUAUUUUGAAAAAUACUAUAUUUCGCCGAAGCAUUGUUGGCAACCUUAACAGCACGGUAUUACGAUAUCGCUCUCCUCGUCAACAUCCUUUUAAACCUAAUUCGUUGCAUUCAAGGUCAUUCAUUAAGUAUAUGCCUUUACCUAUACUAAGUGAUUCUAUUAGUUUUACCGUUAACUGUGUUAUUGACAUAUUUCAAGCUACAAUAUCUGGUGUAGAAAUAUAAUGUAGUUCCAUAAAUGUUUGUAACAUACUCUUCCAUAAACAAUAUGAUAGUUAAUGAGGUAAUUUAUUAAUUAUAUCUAAAACAGGGAAUUUCCGAGCGCAGUGUAACUGGCAGACAUAAGAUAAGAAAAUGUGUGAAAAGAAUAAAAUUCUGAUAAAUGGCAUACAUGAUAUACAAUCAAAAAAUUUGCCCAUAUCUCAUUAUCGCACAUGCUUCAAUUUGGGAUUCCCACCAAUUAUGACGAUCCUAAAGAUAAAAAUCUUCACUAUUUGGAUCAGAGGUGCCCAAACUUUUUUUUUCAUAGAUGCCUUCCAUAAUUUUGCUUCCAGUGGACCUUCUUUUAGGUUUCACAGCGAAAGUACAUUACAACUACCGUCCAGCCAUCGCGGAGGCUAUGUUGGGAUCACCCUGCCCUUUACCUUACGACCCCUAUCAAUAUUAUCUGCUUGCAUUGAUAGGUAAACCAGAUACAUUUUCGUGGACCCCCAUUUAUUAGUCACGCCAUCGUAGACCCCGACAAGUCUUCCAUGGAUCCUGGGGAUCCACCUAGACCACUUUAGGAAUCAAUGAUCUGGAAAGAUCCCAUCUUCACUUGCACUCAUUAUAAGAUGAUCUUCCCAUGUUAUAAUCUUGGCCUUUUCCCGUGGUAUUGCUAGACCGACACGAUUGAAGUAUCAAAAGGCAAACGAAUUCAAAACCUCGGUUCUAAUGUUGAUUAACGAGACCCUAUUCGCUAUCAAAACCACUAUUCAAUAGCUGGAACCACAUAUCUAUAGCACACUCUGUUUGGUUUAGUUUUAAUUAGUUGUACAAGAUUAAUUUUUGUACACCAUAGAGCCGAAACACCCAAAUUAUAUUGGAGUCAAAGAACAUAAAAAAUCAUUUAAAAAUACAAAAAUAAUAACAAAGAAAACUCACGCGGAAUUGAUAGAUCAAGCACAUCGCACGCGCCACCGCAAGGGACGAGCGGGACGUGUGCGGGGCCGCGGGGUGGGGAAGGGUGUGCUGUUAAAGGUCGGCUGUAGUAGUAGGUAUAAGGGAGCGAACGACAUGCGCCGAAUUUUUAUUAAUUCAAAAGCUAACCUGCUUGUCAAAAUUUUAAUAUGUUUUUGAGAUAAAAUAUAACAUAUGUUAAAAAUAGUGCACCUGAUUCUCGAAGAAACUAAUUUUGGGUUUGUAAUAUACUAAAAACAAUGUAAAUGUAUGGGUCAUAAGUAUAGCCCAACAUACAUUUAUUGCGAAGUCACACUUUGCAAAGCGAUACGUGUUCAUAGCAAUAAACUUAUUGUUUUUUGA